AAUGUGUUACAAAAGUAUCGGACUCGGGUUAGGGCCCAAAAAUACCUGAUCGGGACAUCCCUAAUUCCUGACAUUAUUUAGUUCUUCUCCUGAAUUGAAAUGAUUCAAAUGUAGACGUACGCAUUAACUCUGGCAGGUAUUUUCUCCCACGCCAAGUUUCCUGUCCAGUCUUUUAUACAAUACCCCAUUCCAUCCUCUUCCAUAGACUUUCUUCUCUCUAUGUACAGUGUCCUUGAGUGUCAAGAACGGCGCUUCAAGUAAAAUAGAUUAUUAUUAUUAUUGAUUAUUUUAAUUGAUCUAAAUUCCAGCCUCUACUGUCAGUGCUCAAGCUAACUUCAGCUUCUUCACUGUUUCUGAUCCACUAAAAGUCACAGAUCUUCAAUGACAAUCGAGCAGCUACUGUGAACAGCCAUCUACAGGUCUUAUGGAAAAAUAUUACAGAAGUACACUAAAGUCUGUCGGUUUCUAGUGUUAAAAGUCAAUUACAAGAAUGUGAAAAAUAUGAAAAGGAAACAACAAAACACUGAAAAGGAAAAUCUCUUUGUAGUGAAAAGUCAAUUUGAGACUGUUGAGAAGCUUUGAACUCAAUUGUUUUCACUUUUCUGGGAUAUUUAGAAUAGAAAGAAUUUUUAACCAAGUUUAUUUUAAGAUAGAGUCGAAGGUGUUUUAUCUGAUUGGUUGGAUUUUUUUGUGAGGGUUUAUCUCAUCAACAGGAUUAAUGUCUUAGCAGAGCACACAGGCUGCUCAGUCUUAGGGGAGGCAGGCCUGACUACAGCUCUCAGAGCUCCUCUGCAUCAGAAGCCAUGGCCCAGCAGACAGACGCCCUCAUCACAGAGGUGGACUCAGCCCAGGUUCAGGAGCUGUGCAUCAUUUUUCUGAAGCAGUGUCCCAGCGGAGCUCUGCACUUGCACGAGUUCAAGAGGAUCUUCGGGGUUCAGAGCAGCUCUUCAGAGGAGUCCAUCUUCCUGGAAACCAUUUUCAGAUCCUUCGACACCAACCGGGACAACACUCUGGACUUCCUUGAGUACGUCUCUGCACUGAACUUGAUCCUACGAGGGAAUCUCGAAGAUCGACUCAAGUGGUCUUUUAAGAUGUAUGACAAGGAUGGAAAUGGAAAACUGGACCGGCAGGAGGUGACUCGGAUCAUCAGGAUUCUUUAUAAAAUCAAGCUACAGAGAGGAGAGAUCGACAUGACGCCGUCCCAGAUCUGCGACAGACUCUUUGAGCUGAUCGACCAGAACAAUGAUGGUCAGAUCACCCUGGCUGAGUUCAUGGAGGGGGCGCAGAAGGACGAAUGGGUCAGGAACCUGCUGAAGCUGGACGUCAACAUUGGCGGCUGGGUGAUCCAGAACUGCACAAAGCUCCCAUGACCUGUGUCCGUGUGGACUCUUUGCUCAGGUGUUUUGGCUUCGGUGGUCAGGUGCUGUCAGGCUCAGAGUGUCACUCUGCGUUAACACUCUUGGUUUAUGGGGUGGGGGGGUGCAGUUGCCUGGUGACAGAGCUCUGAUCAAAGAUCUCUGCUGAGUGUGGUGAUCCAGUUAAAGUACAACUCACACAAUCCACCAAACAACUUCUGUCCUAAGGAGUGUUUCAUCGUAAACAUCAAGUUUAAAUGAUGAAAUUCUCCAGAUUUUGGUCUUCUCAGCUUUAUUCUGAUACGCUUCAAAAUAAUAUUUAUCAAGGUUUAAAAAAAGAUUUUUAUUUUUUUCUGUCAUCUUUAAGCAGAGCAUACAUCCUUAUAUUACAUGUAUUCAUCUUAUAUCCAGGUAUUUUUUAAUGUCUCUAUAUUCCUUAGACGUAAAAGCUUUUAUCACUCUAGUUCAAAGAAUAUAAUCUAAAAUAUAACAGAACUGGAUUCUCUCUUUUCCAUGUAUGUGAAGAUAAAGACAGAUUGUGCAGAAUAAGCUUGACUUUUUGAAGCCCUGAACCAGUGUGAGUGUCACCAUGAGGCAGCAACCCGACCUCCUGUGUCAGGCAGGUUUAAAAGAAAGAGUGACUGGAACCUAGACAGGUAACCACUGGGUGGCUCACUAGUAAUCACCUAGUUCUACCAAAGACAUUAACAAACUGGUUUCAAAGCUUUUCUCUCCUCUGUGGUUGAAUGGCAAAUGUUGAUGAGAGCUUUUAUCAACUUUACUUAAAAUUUGAAAUCCACACUGGCUCAAAGUGGGUGUGGCUUUAUUGGUGACAGGCCCCCAUUGAAACCUCAGCUCUGGAACAGCCUCACCGGGCAAUCCCAUCAGGACCAGUUUGACAAAGCUUAGGGGCAUUUUCUCAGUUAAAGAUAAGAAAUAUGAAGCCAAAAACUCAGCAGAAAAUUAACCAGCAGGUAGCGUCACCCACCUGUCCAUCUGAAGAAAAGGCUCUGGAUCUGACCCAGUUAUUUACAUGUUACCUUUCUAUAAGAGCAUAAACCAUAACAUAUGUAUGCAUGCAUACAACUUUCUGAUUCACAAAAACUUUCAAUUUUUUAUUUAAAAAAAUGAAUAUUAUUGAUUUCUGUGUAAAUGUGGAUAUUUACCUGUUUGU